UUGAUAUGUUUUCUGUUUCUUUCUGUAGUCGUCUCAUCUGCAAUGAAGGCAAAUAUCAUCCUAUUCACUGUGGGGAUAAUUUUAUCUUUGUCCCAAACAACAGGUUUGAACUCCAUCAGGUGUAAUGUAACCUGCUUUGUGUCAACAAGGCCCAGUGAAAUAUCAAUACUAUUUUAAAUCAAAACAAACACAACUUCUCCUGUUUGAGAGAAUAUUAUUGUAGUGCCAGAAAAGCAUUAUGAAAUCCAUUAGAGGGCGAAGAAAUCUUUAUUAUGCCGAAUGAACAAAGUAAUAGCUCCUUCUAAAGUUCUUCGAAAGAACUAAUCCGCUCAGCCCCUAAGCCAAAAAACAUAGGUAAUGGCACAGUAUAACAAAAUGGAACUGAUAGAGCUUCCAAUGUUAAGACCUAGUGUUGUAGAGGAGAAUUUUCAAACAAGAGUACUGGCAUUGCAGUUCGGUCUUGACUCGUCAUUUCUUAACCAUCCAAAACUAGUUUUUCUGCUUCCCCCUUUUAUUAUCUGUUCUAACGAGCUACCUGCCUAAGAUGCUAAACCCAGGGCGGUUGGAAAGUUUGAGUGAAUUGCUUGUUUGUUUUAAUUUCAUUUCGAUCUGAGCAUAUUUCCCCAUGCAUGUUUUCUUUGUUCUUUUUAUGGAAACAGAAGACCCAUUGAUACAAUAACAAUUGUUCUUCGUAUUGAAGGGAAAAUAGUACCCAGAAUGUAAUGAAAAGCUAAAGAACACGUUCUUGUACAAAUGGAAAAUGAGCAUGAAACAAUUUUAACUGAGUUUUUCAACUCAAAAUAUUGUCGUUUCAGAUACCACCCACCACGGAAAACAUUUUUCAGUCCACCAUCAACCAAAAGUUAACAUUCCCCAAAAAGCCAAACACAGAUUUCUCGAAAUGAAAAAGCAGCCACUUGAUGAGAAAACCGCUUAUCGAAAGCAACUAAGAUACCAGGAGGCCAAUAGUGCUAUGAUAAAAACCAAGCUGGAUGAUAGCCUAGGAAGAAUACCCUGGAGUAAUAACCAUGAAAACGUUGCAUCCUAUGUUGACAGAACAGGAGGUGUAUCACAACAGAGGCUUUUAGCAAUCAUGAACCAGUUAACCAAUGAUAUCAGAGUAAAUGGACGGAGAAUCACUCCUCUUCAAACGCAAAUAGUACAGCAAACUAAUGAUGGCGACAUCAAUCCGACAUCACCAGCGAGUAAUAUGCAGGACGAGAUGCAACCCGAUAUGCAAACGAGCAUGCAAGAUGAUAUGCAGAGUAACACUAAUGACAUGGGAAAUAAUGAAGUUAAACCUAUACAGAUACCAAUCAAUCAGAAGGGAGGUGAUGGUGCAACUGAUGCCAAUGGACCUGGUGAUGGUGCUAAUGGACCUGGAAUGUUUGAGCGGUUGAUGUUUGGCGGACUUUCCCAGAUAGUAGGAGGAGGAAAAGGGAGUAACAGUUACUCUGAAACUGGUGGUGGAAUGACCAACGUUCCUGGGUUAUCAUAUGGUGGAUCAAAUAAUAAUGGUGUUAUCAACCUUAUGGAAAGCGAACAUGGAUUAAAGCCAAUGCGGGGAAUGAAUGGCAUGGGGAGCAUAAAUGGAAUGAACGGGAUGAUGACUGGAAUGCAUGGGAUGAUGAACGGAAUGGGUAUGAUGAUGCCUGGAACGGGAAGAAUGAGAGGCAAUUCGUAUUUCUCCAGAAGAGGAGAGACUGCGUCAGCCAGAAAGAAACCGCGAUCAAAGCAUAAGGAAUUUCUUCGAAAGGCCGUGAAGGCAGCUUCGCUAUCAAAAGCAGAUGAAAGAAAAAACCUCCAAAGGAUUCCCAUAGUUACCAUACACCCCAAGGCCAACAUUCUGAAGAAUAAGCCAUACGUUAUACCACUAAUCCCUAACGAUAAAACAACUGACAAGAAACCAACAAGACCUCUGCAUGGUGCUUAA